GAAACCCUUUUUCCGUUUUGGGGGGUUUUCAAAUUGGGCGAGGCUCCUUUGAAUGGAAAUACUGGUUUCUCUGGUUUUGAAGCCAGCGGAGUCAGAGAGAGAAAGAGAGAAAGAGAGAGAGAUGGAGUGUCUCUUCAGAAGGUCCUCAAGCUUUGGAAAAAUGAAGCUUGACCCCUCGCCUUAUCCUCCUCAGAAGAGAUGCCUCUCUCGAAAUGCAGCUUUUUCUUACCAGAAGUUCAUUCAGUUUGCAUUAGAAGAAACCCAACUCCAUACGCAGUUGAUUCCCUCUCCUUUGCAGGAGGGACUUCACAAGUUGGUGGUGAUACCAUUUGGGCUUUACACUGCCCCAAGCACGUUGAUGAACUUAAUGAUUGAGGAACACUAUAGACAUUUGAAGGCUAUAGAUGGCAAAACAAAGCUUCAAACCCUUGCAUUUCAAUCUUCUAAGAUCAGACUUUAUCGUGGUUUGAUCAUUGAAGGGGAUAAUGCCAUGCAGGUGCUGGAUUUUGCUUUGUUCCCAGAGCCCGAGUAUGAUGUACCCAUAUUUUGUGCAAGCUUCUUCACAGCCUCAAACACGAAUGUAGUUGUUUUGGACCUGAAUCCUCUGCAUGACGUGAUAGAUACAGAAGACUACAAAGCCAAAUACUAUAAAAAUUUAAUGCCUCUAGGGCAAAAAUACGCUGAGCUUUUACCCUGGGGUAGCAAGAUCACAGGUGAGUCAUUGGGAUUCUUCUCACCAAUUGUGAUUUGGUCCAAGUUCUGUUCAGACCAACAUUUACAUGACAUACUCUUCGCUGCAUUUAAGGAGUAUUUCAAGGCAUGGCUUCAGCUAAUGGACCAGGCAAAAGUAGAAACCAAUGCAUCACAGCUUCAUAGGAACUGUGAAGCACAACACAAGUACCUAAUAUGGCGAGCAGAAAAGGAUCCUGGCCACCAGCUUUUGAAGAAAUUGCUUGGGGAAAGUCUUGCACAGGAUUUGGUUUGGAACUUUCUAUUCAAUGGGGUCAAUACCCUGGGGAGCAAAAGUUUUCUAGAUUAUUUCCCUGAAUAUCGAUGUGUGGAUGGAUCUAUAAGCAAGAAGCGCAGCAUCAUUGGAAAGUCAUUCGAAAACCGCCCUUGGGAUGCAAAGGGUAAUUUCAUCGGAGCUAAUAUUAGAUGAUGACACCCCUGGUUUUUUUUUUUGGUCAUACAUUUUUUUCCAUUUCUUCUUUUUUUUUUUUUGGGUAUUUGUUUAGUUAUAAAUUUUGUGGGAUUCGGGAGUUUUGGGAGAAAUUUCGUUUGAAUUUGAGCUCCUUGCCUUGGAUGUUAAGAUUAGCUUUUUCUGUGACUGUAACGAUCCCUUCUUAGAUUCCCUCAUAUGUAUUUUUAUUGUAUUUAGUAUACUUAAAUAAGGAUGAGCUUUCUAUAAGCUUUGUGAA